CAUCACGUCUCAGAUAUUUUAACAAUUUCGGAACAAGUGUCUAUUAUUUUAAUUUUUUUAUUGUUUUAUCGUGUUUACACUAAAUACGCGUUAUCGUGACGCACGCAGUAGCUGAAAAGAUAAGUUAACAGCUGAGUAGGUUGACGGACGGCGCGCUGCCAACAUUAAAGAAAACAAAAAUUGUAAUUGCAAAAAUGGUUUUGACGAUUCCGCUAAUAAUAUUCUUAUGAUUGAUGAACGUAGUACACAAGCUAGUUUGUUUGGUGGAGCGACGCGGAAGCUGGCACGAUGACUCGCCCCGGUCCGCCCAACGAGAACCUGCCCACGGUGAAGUUGGUGGUGGUGGGCGAUGGCGGCGUCGGCAAGAGCGCUAUUACCAUCCAGUUCUUCCAGAAGUUAUUCGUGACAGACUACGACCCCACCAUCGAGGACUCAUACAUACAGCACACCGAAGUCGAUGGACAAUGGUGCAUACUCGAUGUAUUGGACACGGCCGGUCAGGAGGAGUUCAGCGCGAUGCGCGAGCAGUACAUGCGCAAGGGCGACGGGUUCCUGCUCGUGUACUCGGUCACGGACAAGCAGAGCUACGAGAACAUACGCCACUUUCAUACGCAAAUACUCAGGGUUAAAGACAGGGAGACGUACCCAAUGCUGGUGGCCGCGAACAAAGUCGACCUCGUGCACGUACGCGCGGUGAGCGAGGAGGCGGGCCGCGACCUCGCGCGCGCUCUCGGCGCGCCCUACAUCGAGACCAGCGCCAAGGAGCCGCCGCUCAACAUCGACGCCGCCUUCCACGAGUUGGUGCGCAUCAUCCGUAACCAUCCCCAGCAAGAGGAGAAGCAAAGACGCCGGAGGAGGAUCGGGAAGUGCUGUCUUCUCUGAGUCCUCCCCGCCCCGCUCACCCCUCACUCGUGACGCAGCGCUGCGGUCGCGCGCGUUGGAUCGCACGGAUACAAAAGUUUGUGCAAAUAUUUGUUCCAAGUCUGGGUGCUGUGUGUAAAGUUCGUCGGGUACCCGCGACACGAAAUCAUCUGCGGAGUCCGGAGUAUAUUGUGUUUGAUUGUUGAAAGUAUUUGUUAACCUUGCUUACAAAUAAUUAAGCACAAUACGCGCGAUUUAAUUCAGCGACAAUGAGUCUGACAAACUGCGUUGAUACCUCAAGAAUUUAAAAUACUACAUUGGCAUAGACAAUACAAGUUCUGAAAUUCUUUCAUCGCCAUUUCCGGUGACUGACAGAGGUACAUAGCUUGUGAAGUAAAUUCAUCCCAAAAAAUAUUUUUGCGUUCAAGUCAUAAUAGCUAGUGUGUGCAGGUUAUAUUUUUUACUCAAACUGAAUACCGGCAUUAUAUGGUGUAAAACCCGCCAAAGUGACUCAUCUUCACUAGUACUAAAUGGUACAUCCAGUAAGACAAGUCGGUACUACUCACGUGAUCAUCGAUGUAGUCACUCACAAAAAUGUUGAACAAAUUCAACUCUUCAAAUCGCCUGUACUGAUAGCUGUACAGUGUAGUCCCAACGCAGUCACUUCGUCGCCCCAGGAUAAAACAUUAGAAACGAGAAAACAUUCUCUAAGCGGAUACGUCUAUUGAAACCCCAGUAGGUUAUGUCGUUGUUUAGUAUUAAUGUAAGCACAUUGUCUGCAGUGUUAUAUGUAGCUUUAAUUACAAUGUACUAAAAGUAUUAUUACGCUAGAAGAUGCCAAAGACAUGCUAGAAUUUUGAUUUUGAUAUCAGUUUAAACUCUAUCUGGACCGUACUGCACUUACCGUCAGGUGCAGUAAGAAAUUAAACCAAGCUCAUUAAAAAAAUCUUACUAAACCUUGGUGCAGAAAUAUUAAAUUUUGGGUGGUUUACUGUCCAUCUGUAAUGGUGGCGCUCAUGCCGACCUAAAUUAGAGUCAUUAAUAAUAAUAAUUAUUAUUGAAAUUUUCGUGACAAGAUAACAAACAAAAAUGUAUAGAUAUAUAUGUAUAGACUUUUGCAAUAAUUUGAAUAAUAUUUGUCAGUAUUUUACGCCUUUAAUAUUACGAAAGCAGGUGUUUUGCAAGCAUGCGUAUUGUGUAUCGGUAAUAUAAAAUCAUCAUCAAACAUCAUCAUCAUCAACAUCAGUCGCAGGAUGUCCACUGCUCAACAGGGUUUUCCCCAAAAAUUUCAAAGAUAAGAAAGAUUAUAUAAAAAUAUGGCCGAUGAAUUAAUAACCCCAUUUUCUCGUCGGUUAAGUAUUCAGCUGCAGUCAAUGUGCACCGCGUCGUCUGAAGACAUGUUAUCACAAGUGUUAUACCAAAUAUACCCAUUUUGUUUAACGUAGUCAUAAGGGACAUAUAUAAAGCUUUAUUUAUACUAAUACUCAUUAUAUACAUAAAGAUUUUCCCCCUUAUUCACAGACCUGCACUUGGUAUAUUUGUCUCAAUAUUUUUUAUUGAUGUAAAAUGAGCUUGUGUAUUUUAUGUAAUGACUUGCACAAAUUUGCCCAUUUUAAGUGAUGAUAUUAGAAACACAAAUCGUGAUACUUUAGCAACGGCAAUUGCCGAUCUCGUUGCUCUUUUAGAAAGUCGAUACAUCGUCUGAAUGUAGUAUUUUUGCAAAAAAAAGUGCAACUAGUCGCAAAUUCGCCGACCAACGGUGCUAUAAGCUUGUGUUGUGUUUAUUGGCUGAUAACAAAGCGUCCUUUAAUUUCUGUAUACAAGACGCUGGCACAAAUGCAUAUUUUUAAAACAUUUACUGGUAUGUAAUAUGUAGAUUGCAUCAAAUUAUUUAUAAGCAGAUUAUUAAUAUAUUAUUUUGUAAAAUACUUGAAAUCGUUGUUAUGUUAAGUGUUUUUGUUUAUUUAUAGUAAUAUCUGAAAAUACCAACCAUAUAAUAUUGUUAUAACUAUUUUCUUAAUAUACAAAUAUGAAAACAUAUUGCUUCCAAACAUUGUGUAUCUUAUCAUAGAGUAUUCCUGAACACUAUCCAACAGUAAAUAAAGAGAGAGACUUCGUAACUAAUAUAAAAAAAAAACCUUUUUAUAGCUAUAAGCAAAAUGCUCCUAUCAGCAAAUAUAAUUGUUUUUACUGUUGAAUUCAGUGGGGGGUUGUACCCACAUACCUUUCGCUGGCAACAUCUCUGUAUUAUAUGUAAGUUAUGUAUAAAAGCAGUUUCAAAAUAUUAUGAAAGUAUUACCCGCACAAUUUAUUUUUGUCGAAGACAUGUUUGUAAAGAGAUUUAUAUUUAUGUAACUAAUUAUUUAAAUAUUUUAUUCAUUAUAAACGUUAUACAGGUCGCAUACAUUCCAGUAUAAAUUGUGUGAAUUUUAGGUUAUUUGUUCCUUCCCAUACCAAAAAUGACCCUAAAGUUAAGAAUUGCACUUUCGAUUCCUCUGGCAUCGGUGAUGGUCAGACAGCAUCAAGUGACCAUUUGAUCGAAUACCGGAUUAUUACUGUAAAAAAUCAUAAGACUGUGGCCAAAAAAAAAACUCGAAAAUAUAUAUUAGCUUGACAUUAUCACAAAUUAGAUAUAAAUUUAGGAUCUAAAAGGCGUAUAAAAUUAAUAUAAAAGAAGGAAUUGAAUAUGUAACGUUAUUAAGUGUUCCAGUAAGUAAAUGUUAGUGAGAUAUUUAGGGGAGGUUCACACGGGGCGUUGAAAUAAAUGCAGCGGCAAAACGUCCCGUGUGGACAUCGUCUGUUAGUGUACAGUUGUAAACAUUCGCCAAAUAUUAUUCCUUGUUAUCCUAUUUAUUUUCAAACUCGAAAAGAUUUCAAAGAUAACUUAAUGGUUACUAUAAUAAGAAAUGUAAUAAAAAACAAUGCAUUAUUGUGGUUACCCCAGUGACCCCCUGUUGUAAUGGCGGUAAUAAAAAAAAGGUAGGUAGUCAUAAUAUUAUGUUUCCUAUUGACUGGAUAUUGGUAAAGCGCCAUCUAUUGAGCGAUAGCAUGAAAUUAAAUGACAUUUCCGAGAUAUUUUGUUCAACUAAAAUAAAAUAAAUAAAAUUUAAAUUUGACGUACAUAGAUUUUUAUUACAUUUCUAUUAUAGUUCAAAAUUACUCUAAAGUGAUAUUAGACGUAAAGUAUAUUCAUACAAGAUUGUGCAGGCUGCCAUAACGACUGGCAUGUCGCCGCGCCAUUUUACAUUACACUGAAAGCGGAGUUGGUUGUAUAGAAAGAAGGCCGUCGUAGCAAUAACGAUCAGCGAUCUGGGCUCAAUUUGUUGAAUCGUUAUUCUGCAACAGGUUGUGAAGGAUAUCUGGCGCUGAGUACAGGAUUUUAGAAGGAAGCUUGUCUUUGAUCCCUGCUUAAGUACCGAUAAUGCACAUUCAAAAAACCAUAAUGACCCUACAACCUAUCUUCCCAAUUCCUACUCUCCAAGCAAUAACCCCAAAAUCUGCUAUUAGGUGGAUAAUAUAUUGUCACGUGUAAUGUUUUCUGUAACGUCCAGAGAACGCCGCGUGUAAAGCCUAGCGUGCGCGGGCCGAUGCAGACAGUUGUUAUAAUAUAACUUAUAUGUUUUGUAUGUUGUAAUUAAUGUAAUAAAUGUAGAACAAAAA